UCUCCAACAAUAGAUAUACUGGCGAAAACCAGGCAGCGUUUUUCCAUCAUCUACUGCCCCACCAGCACUAGCAAAUCUGCAGCUGUCAACAAAUGCAAGUCAUUGGAUGUCCUGCGCGUUAGCAACUGUUAUACUUGGAACUCUAGAAAUCAACGACGAGGGGAACGGGUAGCUCUGUCUGAUUCCUCGGCCGAUUCCCUGAUUCGUGAUUGGUGCUCGAUGGACUUAUCGGGGUUCCCAGAGCAGGCGCCCAAGCUGGCCGGAAAGCAGCUUCGCUAUGCAGACGUCGCAGUGACGGCGACGGCAAAGGAGUUUUCUGGUUUCUACCGCGGGAAGCAGUAUCAUGCCCCGGACUUUCCCAAUACGUUGGACAGGGCUUUGAGUGCAGGUGUCGAUAAAGUCAUGCUCACGGGGAUGUCCGUGUCGGAUAUCACUACGAAUCUUGACAUCGCAAGGUCGCGCCCUCAACGUUCAUGCUUUGUUACCAUCGGGGUGCAUCCUUACCACGCAGCUGAACCAUCGGCGGAAGGGCCCAGAUACUUCGAAAAGCUGAGAGAAAGCAUCCGAGAUGCUCUCACAGCAGAGCCCUGUCUACUAAAGGCGUUUGGGGAGCUCGGACUGGACUACGAGCGCCUGAACCAUGCGGACAAAGACACACAGAUCGCGACGUUCAAGACGCAGCUAGACAUGUUCAUCGAGGAGCAAUGGGACUUGCCUCUUUUCCUUCACUGCCGAGCGGCGUGCGACGACUUUAUCGACGUCAUCAGCCCUUACGUGGGUAGACUACCGCGGCGCGGUCUAGUACACAGCUUUGUGGGGACAAAAGCACAAAUGGAAAAACUUGUCGAGCUUGGCUUUGAUGUGAGUGUCAAUGGCUUUAGCUUCCAGGACCGCGAUAGCCUCGAUAUGGUCGCAGCCGUUCCACUGGAAAGACUGCAAAUCGAAACGGAUGCCCCGUGGGGCGAGAUCAAGGCCACGUCGGAGGUCGCGAAGAGGUACUUGGCCAAUGCCCCACCGCUACCACCAAGCAAGAAGAAAGACAAAUGGGACACAGCAAGUAUGGUAAAAGAAAGGAACGAGUGCUGCGCUGUUUCGCGGGUUGUCUAUGUGGUAGCUGGACUAAAGGGAAUAAGCGUUGAAGAAGUCGCUGAUGCUGCAUGGAGAAACAGUGUUACUAUGUUCAAAUUAGGAGAGUAAAUGAGCACUCUGUUAACAACUGCAA